CCUUUAGGCUGCGAACAUGGCUCGCGGACUUAAGAAACAUCUAAAACGUUUGAACGCACCAAAGUCAUGGCUUUUAAGCAAACUCGGAGGAGUCUAUGCUCCCCGGCCGUCGGCUGGACCUCACAAGCUUCGAGAGUCUCUUCCCAUGAUGUUGAUCCUUCGUAACAAGCUGAAGUACGCAUUGACUGGUUCAGAAGUGACGAAGAUUGUCAACCAGCGCCUGAUCAAAGUGGAUGGCAAGGUGCGCACUGAUGCCACCUUUCCCACUGGAUUCAUGGAUGUUAUUUCUAUCGAAAAAACAGGAGAGUUUUUCCGUAUCCACUACGAUGUUAAAGGACGUUUUCUUUUACACCGCAUCUCUGCCGAGGAAGCCGAGUACAAGCUGUGCCGCGUCAAGAAGGUCUGCCAGGGACCUAAGAAAAUCCCCUACCUCGUUCUUCACGACGGCCGUACCAUUCGCUACCCUGACCCUCUGAUCAAAGCCAACGACACCGUCAAAAUCGAUAUUGCCAGUGGAAAGGUCGAUGAUUUCAUUAAGUUCGAUUCUGGUAAUGUUUGUAUGGUUACUGGAGGUCGUAAUUUGGGCCGUGUUGGGGUCAUCACCAGCCGGGAACGUCACCCCGGUUCAUUCGACAUCGUGCACAUCAAGGAUUCAAACGGCCAUGCUUUCGCUACUCGCCUGUCCUACAUUUUCGUGAUCGGCAAAGGUUCGAAGCCGUGGGUUACUUUGCCUAAGGGCAAGGGCGUAAAGCUGUCGAUCGCAGAGGAACGCGACAAGCGACUUGCAGGAAAGAGGGCGCACUAAAACCGCACAGUGCGGUUAACACUUCAAACCAUGGGGAGGCAAAAGCCGCCAUUAAAUAAACCUUAUGGCUUCGUAGUA